UUAAAAUGAAUUUAAAUAGUAAACAUGAAGGAUUUAGUUCAGAUGAUUCGGUUGAUAUGAGUGAUUACAAAAUUGAAUCUUCUAAUAAAAAAUCAACAAUCAGAUACUCAAAUUCAAAAUCAUCGUCAUCAGAUGAGAGUUUGACUGAUAUGAUAAAAAAGAAAAGACAAUAGAUCAAUAGGAAAGUAUAUGGAAAGGAAGAGUAAUAACAACAAGAAUUAGAUGAUGCCACAUUUGAUCUCUCUGAUACUUGUAAUAAGAAAUACUUAAAUCAUUAGAUAACGAUUCUAAUAAGUUCAAAAUUGGAAAUGAAUCAACACUUGAAUCAAGAAUAAAGAAAUUGGAGCAAGAAUUGAAUACUAGUGUGAAAUCCACUCUCUAGAGGAAUUACUAACAUAAUUAAUCUGCAUCAAUGACUUCAGUCGAUUCGUUCUCUGUUGAUUUUAAGCAAUUUUAAUAAUCAGACCUCAAAGUCAAUUAUUACAAUAACCGACUUGAAUCACUAAGAUCCAAAAAUUAAGAACCUGCUAUUGAGUGGAAAAGUAAUCUCUAUUAUAAUAUAUAUAAGAGGGACGUAAGAUAGAAGAAUUCGAUUUUGAAAUUUAAAAUCUCUAACAAGAACUCGAAUCAUUGAAAGACAGCCUUAACAAAGAAGAGAAAGAAUAAAAUAAAUAGAAAAUUAAACUCAAACAUUAGUUAAAACAAUACACUUAAUCAAAUUCCGAGGAAGACGAAUAAGAAUAUAAUGAACGAGUAUAUGAGUUACCGGUUCAAUAAAAUCAUUAGAGAAGUAAAAAAUUGGCUUCAAGUUCAAAAAAAUCAUCUCAUCAUUCAGCCUAUGAUUAAAAUCAAAAUUAGGUUCAACCAACAAACUUUAAAAAAAAAUCAAGAGCUGAAGUUGAGAUCAUUGAUGAAUUGCCUGAAUAAAACUCAAAAAGCAAAAACUAAGGUAAUCAUAUAUAUAAACGAAUCAUAGAAGAGAAUUCAAGUGAUUCUGAAAGUGAAAAUGAAAUAGAAGAACCUCAAAAGCCAUAACACAAAAGCCAUGCCUCCAAAAAAUAAACUUCUUUUCAAAAUUUACCCAUCUCAACAAUUGAAUUUAAAGAGAAGGAUGGUAACGAUGUCAGCAUAGAUGUGGUUCCUUAAAAGCAUAAAUCAAAUAGUCAAGUUCCAUAAAUUUUAACUGAAAAUUAGUUUCCCAAUACUUUAAUCCUUCCAUCAAAAACCUCUUUAUAAUGUGAUGUUUCAAGAUUAUACAAACUAAAUAAGGAAGUAGAAGUUUUGUAAUUAUAAAAGUGAUAUAAAAUAGAUAACAAAUAGAGAGGAUCAGGGAUAAAUUAAAAAAGUCAAUCAAUAAAAAAAUGAAUACUGAAAAAGUUGUUGAGUAAAUUAAUUCUCUAUUUUAGACGUUAUGAUCCAUCUUUCACAAUGCCCUCUAAAUCAAAAAUACUUAAUAAGUCUGGAAAACUACAUUGCCCUAAUUGCACUUACCUCCUUAAUAAAGGAAUGAGUUCAGCUUAUUGUCAUUGUAAUAAAUGA